AUGGACUCGGUGGCAGGGUUUUUUUGGGAUGAUACUAGCUCCAAAUCGGAUAUAAAAGCAUCAACUUCAAACAAGAACAGCGACGAUCCGACAGAAGAUUCGAUGACAGGGAGAACUGUAACUAGUACUACUACCGACGGUAAAAUGACUGAUUCAAAGACCCCCACAUUUAAGAACAACACGGUGCAAAGUAGUCAUGGUUUAACAGGAAAUUUGGGUAGUAUGGGACAACAACUGUUGGCUGAAAAAUUGGUAGAAAAGAUCAUUUACUUGGCGCUACCUGCAUCUUCCGAGUUGGCGGUAGAUACCAUUGAAAAUCGUGUAGAAGCCGGGAAAAAUAGGCCAGGAUUAUCGGUUCAAAUCAUGAGUCGAAAUUUCAUGCAGCUCAAUUCAAGACUUGGGUUCCCCUUCAUGAUCAUUGAUGAAAUAAUUAAGGUAUUCAGUUGGAGCAAUACGUCCUACACGCUUUGUAUCAUGAGUUUUUUCAGCCUUGCCGUUUUAAAACCCCUUCCAAUGCUGUUAAGCGGCCCCAUAUUCUACUUACUGUUUGGUGUAAUGGUCCCGCAGUACAUGAAAAUUCAUAAACCUGACCCAAAUACUGCGUUUGAAGUUAACCCCAUUCCAGCUCCUGGUGAGCCCCUGUUGAGAGCCACGGUUCCGGGACCUGUCCCGGAAUUUAGUAAAGAAUUCAUUUUGAAUUUAACAGAUUUGCAAAACCACAUGCUAAUCUACGUCGUGGUCUUUGAUUUUAUUAACAAAGUCUUGGCCAGUUUUGCAUUUUUCACCGAUGAGAGUGUGUCGGCCGUCGCAUUUCUCAGUUUACUUAUCAUAGCUCUUUUCAAUGCUCUCUUCAUCGAGUCCAUUUCCGCAGUUCUACCAGUGAAAGGCAUCAUAUUAGCAUUUGGUUGGACCUUCGCUUUAGCGAUGUAUCCUGCGAAUCGCGAAAGACUUUUCACCAAGGCCUAUUCAGAAGAAACGCGACUUAGAUUUUUGGUUUUGACCAACAAAUUCGAACAAAUGGCUAACUCUUAUUUUAAUUAUUAUGAACCUCGCGAAAGGCGAUGGGCAUGCAUACUUGAACUUCAAAAAUUCAAUGAGAACCAAAAAGAAUGGGAGCCGGCAGGUUACUCAACGGAUCCUUAUACGCUCUUUUCCGAUUUGAGAAUAGCGGAAAAGUCUCUCGAUGCAAAUGCUAAACUUAUCAAUGACGUUAAACCACCUGUGGGCUGGGUGUGGAUCAAUGGCUCAAAAUGGAUCCUAGACCUUCAAUCCGUGCGAUGGGUGGAGCAAGGGUUCAUUGAUUAUGUUGAGGUCGACGUCGAAACGAAAUGGGUUUAUGACGCCAACUUCGAUGGCACUCGAGGUGAAUAUAGACGCAGAAGAUGGAUGCGAGAAUGCGUCAGAAGCGCACAAGAUGAGUCCACCGUGGAUGCAACGCCCGAUGAGGAUGCAAGAUGCUAUCCGCAGGCCGAAGGAAUCGGCCAUUCUUCCGGUAGCGAAGGCGUCGGUGCUGACGGUUUGAAAAAAAACAGCCACAAGGGUUCCUCCACAAUUACCAAAUCGGAAUCCACAGGAUCGCUCUCGAGUACUGCAAGCAGUAUGAGCGACCAUUCUAACGUUUCAGCGGCUCGCAGACCAUCGGCCUCUGCAUUUAAAAGUUUAGCCGAUUUUCUGAGUUUGUCGCAAUGA